AUUAAAUUACGAACUAUGAUCAGAGAAAAGAUUUUUUUUUAAAAAAAAGGAAAAUAGCAGCAGCGUGUAAGACUUGGUCGUUGACGUGGUGGAGGUUGAAUACUGAGUAAUCAGGGACGCAAUCAACUAGGCCUGGCCGGGGACGACUUGUUGGUUUGUUUCCCUUCUCGGUCAUUCGUCCGUCCGUCCGCCCGUUCGUUCGUCGGUUACUAUCGGAGGGUCGGGUCGGGUCGGGUUGGGUGGGUUUUGGGCUUGGGCUCCGAAGAGAAGCAAAGCAAGGCUCCCAGGCCGCCGGCAACCUAGUAAACGGAGGAGAUCCCAAGUGGAUCGCAGCCGCAGGCAAUCCAUUAUCCAUGGGAGGCGGCGCUGAUCUUUCCGAUAGGACUAGGAGGACUCCCCGUCGUCGUCUCCAUCCCAUCCCAUCCCAUCCCAUCCGAUUCCCAUAUCUAGGUGUUUCUCCGCUUGGGCAUACUGUUUGAUUUUGCCCUCCUCUCACUGUCACUGAUGAAAGAUAGCAUUUUGAUUCAUGGGCUUAUUAUUAUUAUUAUACUCUCUGGCUUUCAUUUCUCGUGUAAGAUCUGAAAGAUUAGUGUCAUUUUUUGGGGGUGAAUAAGGGGGUUUGUUCCGCCCCCCGCCCACUUGGGAAACUCAAAGAGUGAGACCCGAGAAUAGAUAGAUUUAUGGCUUCGUACAAGAGAUCCCGAAUGAAGGAUACCGCCGUGGUCAGGCGAGCGGUUCCGCUUGUUCUGGCGGUAGUUUUCGCGGUCCUUGCUCUCGUAUCCUUCCUCAGAAGUCGAACAGUCUCUCGCGCCACGAUGAUUUCGCCUUCCUACGAGAGAAGAGAGAGUCUUCUUCUUUCCGGAGAAGCGGCAGAAGAGGAUGAUGAACAACAACAAGGAGGAGGAGGAGGAGGAGAUGUGGGCCUAGUCUUGGAUCCCAACUUCAAGCCCUCGCUGCCGAAGCAGACCGAGUUGUCCCUCUCUCUGGAGCAAAAGAACCGACUACCCCCUCGAAACCGGGAUCUCUUCCCAAAGUUAGCAAAGGAUCACAUAAAGAUCGUUCUCUACGUCCACAAUAGGCCUCAGUACCUGCAAGUUGUGAUUCGGAGCUUAUCGAGCGUCCAAGGAAUCGGAGAAACGCUGCUGAUAGUUAGUCACGACGGGUUCUACCCUGAGAUGGAUAGCAUCGUCCAGAGCAUCAGAUUUUGCCAGGUGAAGCAGAUCUUUGCGCCCUACUCCCCGCAUCUUUUUCCGGAUAGUUUUCCUGGGGUCUCGCCGGGGGAUUGCCACGAUAAAGAUAACGCCGCAGCAAAGAGGUGUAGGGGUUCUCCGGAUCAGUACGGCAACCACCGCUCUCCAAAGAUUGUGUCUUUGAAGCAUCACUGGUGGUGGAUGAUGAAUACCAUCUGGGACGGUUUGGGGGAGACGAAGCGGUUCGGCGGCCAUAUUCUUUUCAUCGAGGAAGACCAUUUCAUCUAUCCUAAUGCUUAUAGGAAUAUCCAGCUACUCGCUGCAAUGAAGCCCCGAAAGUGUCCUGAGUGUUAUGCGGUGAACUUGGCACCUUCGGAUGUGACUUCGAAAGGGGAAGGCGGGGAGUUUUUGGUCGCUGAGAAGGUUGGCAACAUAGGUUACGCAUUUAAUCGGACAGUUUGGAGAAAGAUCCACGCGAAGGCGAGGGAGUUUUGCUCGUUUGAUGACUAUAAUUGGGACAUAACGAUGUGGGCUACCGUUUAUCCGUCGUUCGGAACUCCUGUGUACACUUUGAGAGGGCCGAGGAGAAGCGCCGCCCACUUUGGGAAAUGUGGGCUGCAUCAAGGGCAAGGCUCGAGCAGUGUGUGCAUUGAUGAUGGCAAUGCAAAGUUUGAGAUUGAUGAAAUUGAUAAGGUUGCUAACAUCAAAUAUGAUUGGCCGGUGCAAGUGUAUAAGAAGCAGGGCGGCUAUCAAGCUGGUUUCAGGGGAUGGGGAGGAUGGGGUGAUGAGAGAGACCGCGAGCUUUGUUUGAGCUUUGCAUACAUGUAUCACGUUCAGGGAGCAUCAUCCGGCUGAGCAUGUGGAUUUCCACGACUGUUAAAUUUGUAAGCCAUUUUGGAUUUGUUUUCAUCUUGUUUAUCUGAUUUAUACACGACUAGGCCCACACGGAUGGGUAAAUAUCACUUCUCCUAAUUAUUUUUUAAAUAUAAUGGCUCUAGUAUAUAUGUAUGAGGUUUUAUAGCUGAGUUCUCUCUGAAGCUGCACUGCUGCAUAUGUGGUUUUUUA